GUCGUCAAAUUCAUUUCACAGUUGGGCUGGGUCACACCAACCACCAGCAAAACGAAACAAACACUGGUCAGACCACAAGAAACUAGUUUUAAACCGGAUAACUUUUCAAACGUUUCAUAGUUUCUUUCGUCAUUUUUGUUUCAGUGUUUUGGGGUACUUUAAGCUUCCGAGCGCACAUAUUUGAUACGUCUGUGAAACUUUUGCGUAAGUUACGUCGCGACGUUGGAAGAAGAAAUGGGGGAUAAUGAAGUACAAAUGGAGAUUACGGGACAAAUGCAAGAGCCUCAAUCUUCAAGCGCCGACAAAAUCGACUUGUCUUUAGAUGACAUCAUAAAGCUAAAUAAGCAAGAGCAAAAAGCCGGCAGAGGUUCCAACAGAGCUAGGAGUAAAUGCGCAGCUGUGUUGAAAAAGCUCAACCAGACAACACAGCAGCAGAGGGGACGCAGACGCGGAGCACAGCAGUACCAAGGGCCUGGCAGGGUUAGAGGUUUGAGGGGACAAAGGGGAUCUAGAAGAGGCAUGAUGUCUAGAGGAAGUGGCGUCAGUCCAAUGAACAGAGCUGCUGCUAAUGCCACGACAGGUGAACAGUUUGAUCAGACCACAUUUACAUCAAGAGGGACUUUCAGAGGACAAGGAAGAGGCAGAGGAAGAGGCUUGAGCAGGGGUGCUAUGUCAGCAAGAGGACAGAGAGGUUUACAGAGAGGUGGAAGACCAUUUGCAUUAGACCAAGGGUUUUCUGCAGCAAGAAGGGCUGAGAAGUUAGAAAAAUAUCAGACAAUAACAAAUCGAAAAACAGCUUCAUCUGGCUCAACACUGACAGUUUCCUUGCCAAAUGCUACACCUGCACCUGUCGCUCUGAACAGAAAUACCGGUAAUCAGGCAAGGAGGGGUGGGGCAGCGUUAAGGGGCAGAUCAUCUGGAGGAGCAAGUCAUACUUCACCCAGGGGCAUUCCUUUGCGUUUCAACUACAAAGCAACUACUAACCAGACGGGACUAUCCCUCAAUGACCGUUUCACUGACCUAAGGUUCUCAGGACGAGGGCGAGGCCGGGGGAGGGGCCGAGGAGGUAUUGUAGGUGGUGGAAGAGGCAGAGGAAACAUUGCACAAGGUGAAUGGGGCAGAGGAAGAGGAAACAUUGCACAGGAUGGACGAGGCAGAGGAAACAUUGCACAGGGUGGACGGGGCAGAGGAAGGGCAGGCUUCACAAGAGGAAGAGGCUUGACAAGACAAGGAAGGGGAGGAGCAAGAGGAUUUGAUCGAACAGUAACUCUUCAGUGAUUAUCAUAACAACUGUUGGUGGCAGGAGCAGCUGUUUACUCAGAUAAAUUGGUAGAUUAUGGUGUUAUUCAAAAGAAUAUUUAAAAUAUUUAAAACAGGUGAAUAAGGGAUUUUUAUUACAAUGUACUGAAGAUGUUUUAUCUUUAAAAGAAAAUAUAAAUAAUGGUCAAUAUGCUUUUCAGUGGUAACCUGAAGGCAAUGAAGUGCCUAAAUAUUUCCAACUUUUCACUGUGUAAAUAUUGUUUUCUUUGUUCAACUGUUUUGCAUUCUGACACUAGUAUCCCAGUAAUAAAAAUCAUGUUUUAAAAACAGACAAAAUAUGCAAAAAAAAUAAGUUUUAAAUUUGAUAUUGUCACAUUAAAUAUAAAAAACACCCAA